CAAAAUUAAGUGUUUAUAUUGAACUUGCAGUAUUUUAAGUCAAGUUAACAGUGAAGAUUGAAAUGGUUUAUAAUCAAAAAUAAUGAGAGAAAUCCAGUUGAGUUCUUCAGAACAAACAAGAGUUCAAGCAUACUUCAUCACGGGUAAAAAAAAUAAAAUAGAAAAACAGACAAAUGCAAAAUAGUACUGCUGAAAGUUAUCUGAAACUUAUAUUUGGAACAAUGCUCAUUAACCAAAAAUACUUACAGUUGGCCCUCCUUAUCCGCAGAUUCUGCAUGUGCGAAUUCAACCAACUGCGAAUCGCAAAAACCCGGAAGUGCUCUUCCAGCACUUGUUGUUUCAGCAUGUUCCAUGGAAUGGUGCCCCUCUGGAACAUCAAGGCCAAGACUGUGGUAAAAGGACUUAUAAAAUGUUCUACACUGAAACUGCCAUGAAGCUUAAGACACCUGAAAGCGUUGAUUUAGAAGUUGGUAGUCUUCGAAACAUCAGUGUUACUCCAAGUGAACCUCCACAGGAAACAUUAUUUAUUAGGUUUAAUAUGACGUUCUCAUCUAAACAGACCUCAAUUGUUGAGCUUCCAGAAAAUAUUACAUUGCCCUUUAACUCAACAAGUGCAACAAUUUUCCAAGUUAAAGGAGUUGGAAUUGGGCAGGUCACUGUCUUCCUUGAAAACAGCACCAGAAAUCUGGCAAGAAUUAAUUUUCUGGUCAUGCGGAACAGUGCUCUGCUCCUCCUAAGUCAAGUGAUCGGUUGGAUUUACUUUCUGGCUUGGUCUAUUUCAUUCUACCCUCAAGUGAUUGAAAAUUGGAGGCGUAAAAGUGUGGUUGGACUGAAUUUUGAUUUUCUGGCACUAAAUCUGACUGGUCAUAUUGCAUAUGGAAUGUUUAAUGUUGGUCUGUUCUGGAUUCCAGAUAUUAAGAAUGAGUUUUUGAAGAAUAAUCCAGGAGGGAUAAACCCAGUAGGUGCCAGUGAUGUCUUCUUCAGUCUUCAUGCCGUCUUGCUGACAGUACUUACAGUCUGUCAGUGCUUUCUGUAUGAGAGAGGGGAGCAGAAAGUAUCAAAGUUUGCCACUUUACUUCUAGCAGCUAUCUGGCUAUUUGGUCUUAUCACCCUGUUUAUAGCCAUCGCCGGCAAAAUCACAUGGCUACAAUAUCUCUACGAUUUCUCUUACAUCAAACUUGCGAUCACACUGAUCAAAUACAUCCCUCAGGCCCUAAUGAAUUAUCGAAGGAAGAGUACAGAUGGUUGGUCCAUUGGGAACGUGCUGUUAGAUCUUACUGGAGGCAGCUUCAGCAUUGUACAGAUGUUCCUGCAGUCCUACAAUAACGAUGAAUGGUUGCUGAUUUUUGGAGAUCCAACCAAGUUUGGCCUUGGAGUAUUCUCCGUUUUGUUUGAUAUUCUCUUCAUUGUACAGCAUUACUGUUUGUACAGAGUUAAAGGUCAUCACUACAGUCCAAUGAAUGGGGAUGACUGAGGCUGUUCCUGCUACGCACAUAAAAAACAAAAAAAACAUUCAGGUCAAAUUUAGAUUUAUUUAUCACAUGUACAUUAAAACCCGUCACAACCAACACAAUUUAAGGAUGGGCUGGGGGCAGCCUGCAAGUGUGUUACCACACAUUCCAGCACCAACAUAACAUGGCCACACUCAGCAGGUUAGGCAGCAUCUGUCGAGGGAAAUCUGGAGAUAAAAAUUUCAUAUCAAUGACUUUUCAUCAGGAAACAUUAGAUCUAAACAGAAUUGAAAUGAACAAAAAGGGUCAGAGCAAACAGUAAGGUAUAAGGCAGUGGAAGACUGUAGGCGUUAAAAUAAAUGGGGGAAAGUUGAUAUUAUUGGAAAUUACCUGUGGAAAAUCUUAAAUAGAAGUGGCAGACAUAAACUUUACUGUAAAGGUUUCCCAGGCAUAAGGUGUAUUACAGAAGAUGAAUUAUUACUUUAUACUUUAUUACUUUACUGUCGCCAAACAAUUGAUACUAGAGCAUACAAUCAUCACAGUGAUAUUUGAUUCUGCGCUUCACGCUCCCUGGAGUACGAAUCAAUAGUAAAUAUAAUUUAAAAAUUAAAUUAUAAAUCAUUAAUAGAAAAGAGAAAGUAAGGUAGUGCAAAAAAAAUGAGAGACAGGUCCGGAUAUUUGGAAGGUACAACCCAGAUCCGGGUCAGGAUCUGUUCAGCAGUCUUAUCACAGUUGGAAAGAAGCUGUUCCCAAAUCUGGCCGUACAAGUCUUCAAGCUCCUGAACUUUCUCCUGGAGGGAAGUGGGACAAAAAGUAUGUUGGCUGGGUGGGUUGUGUUCUUGAUUAUCCUGGCAGCACUGCUCCGACUGUGGUGUAAAGUGAGUCCAAGGAUGGAAGAUUAGUUUGUGUGAUGUGUUGGGCUGUGUUGGAUCUUCUGCAGUUUCUUCCAGUCUUGGACAGGAUAAAUUCCAUACCAGGUUGUGAUGCACCCUAGAAGAAUGCUUUCUACGGUGCACCUAUAAAAAUUAGUGAGGGUUUUAGGGGACAGGCCAAAUUUCUUCAGCUUUCUCAGGAAGUAAAGGUGCUGGUGGGCCUUCUUGGCAGUGGACUCUGCUUGGUUAGACCAAGUCAGGUCAUUUGUGAUAUUGACCCCAAGGAACUUAAAGCUUUUGACUUGUUCCACCUGCGCACCACCGAUGUAGAUGGGGUUGUGCGGUCUGCUAUUCCUUCUGAAGUCAACAACCAAUUCCUUCGUCUUGUUGGCAUUGAGGGAUAGGUUAUUGUCUUCACACCAUGACACCAGGUUCUUAAUUUCCUCUCUGUACUCAAACUCAUCAUUACCCAAGAUACGGUCGACAAUUGUGGUUUCAUCAGCAAACUUAAUAUAUUGAGUUCGAUGCAAACUUGGUGACACAAUCAUGGGUGCACAGUGAGCACAGCAGGGGGCUGAGUACAUAGCCUCGUGGGUCACCAGUGCUCAGAGUGAUUGUAGAGGAGAGCUUGUCCCCUAUUUUUACAGCCUGGGUCCUGUCUGUGAGGAAGUUGAAGAUCCAGCUGCAGAUCUGAGUGCUAAGACCCAGGUUCUGGAGCUUAGGAAUCAGUUUAUAUCUCACUAGCUGUGGGUUCACUCCUACUAGCAUUCAUUGGGCAGUCUUCAACUUCAAGACCUUGCUACAGAACUGCUCUUAAAUGGUUGCAGUUGCACCCAUUGUGCUGUAAAAUUAAGGAACAUGGUUAUUUUUAAACUAAAUCAUCAAUCAUUAAUGUAACUAGAGUUGUGUUUUAGAAGCAGUGUGUGUGUGUUUUGUGUGUGUGUGUGUGUGUGUAUAUACACACACACACACACACACACACUUAUUUCUAUUGACAUCAGCCAACAAGGGUUUUCCCCUGGGAGCAGUGUGAUGUAGCAGCAGGCAUUCUGUAAAACUUGGGUGUUAAAAUGGAAGAUUUACUUACUAAAACUCACUCUGGACUUUGGUGCCAAAUUGGGAGAACCUUUAAUUAAAAUAGGUUAGUAUCUCAUUGAUAUUACUUCAGUUUUAUAUACAUUAAUUUUGUUUAAAAACAUUAGUGUUUGCGCUGACCACUGACCAUUGGAUUUCAUGGUGCUUGGGCAAGCAUAGAACAGAGGUUUCUACCAGAUGAAUGGUUUCUAACCUUGGCAUAACCUGACUUCAUUUAAGGUGCCAAAGUGCCUGUGAGACUUUCAUAAUGUUGGGUUAAUGCAGUUAAGAACAUCUCUCAAUAUUGUGGAUCAUCUUGGACAUGUGAAUGCUGUUAUAAAUGUUUCAUAUAAUGGGAGAACCCAGAACUGAGCUCACUGCCUUUUUUAUUUUUUGACAGGUGAGACAAAAUGUUUCUCUGAGUGUUAUUUCCUCUGAGUCAGUAAAAGCAGAGUAUUUGAAUACUUUGAAGGUGUAGUUUGACAGAUUCUUGAGCCAGAAAUGCGAGAGUUAUUGGAUGUUGACAGGUACUCUAGUGAGAUUACACUCCUCCUGAGUGUUAAAAUAGACUCCUGAUUUUGAUUUGUAUGUAAAGUUCACAAAAGAGUAAAUAAAAGUACCUUAACCAGUUUGUCUUUAGGGCUUCUAAGGCAACCCAAAGUCCUGGAUGAGUGUCCCUGAUGUCAUUGUGUGUGUGUUGGGUGGGGGGGGGGAAAGAUUAUUUCACUGAGCUACACCAUUGCAUAUGAUUGUUCUCAAUGAUAGUGUUGUCCAUAGUAACUCAGCUUGUUUUCAGACUGAUUUAACAAAUGGACUUGAAUUCAAUGUGACAUAUACUGCUAAAGUCCAGUCCAAAAACUGUUGUCAAAUGUGACAUCAUUGAUAGCAGUACCUAGUUGAAACCUUACAAAUUUCUGAUACCUUUUCAUACCCAAGGCAUGACCUUACCAGUAAAUGCAUUGUUUCUCAGUAUGUCACUGAUCACAUCUUCAACAUUAAAUACCCGGAAAAUCUGUUUUCACCUUUCUCCUCUAUGUGGGUGGCCUUAUGGGAGCCAUUGUUCUAACCUAUUCAGAUCUCUCUUGACUUUUACCCCUCUUUAUUUUCACCCCAUUCACACUGGCCACACCCCCAUCCCCCAACUUUCCAGUAACGUCCAGUUUCCAGGUCCUACUGUUUUAGUGUUUUGCACACCCACCAGCAUUCACAGGGACUCAACAGAGAACAUUAAACCACAAUCCGGGCUCUUCAGCCCAUGAUGUAUUGACCUUUCUACCUACUCUAAGAUCAAUCUAACCUUUCCCUCCUCCAUAAAACUCCCAUUUUUUUUUCAAUCAUUUAUGUGACUAUCUAAGAGUUUCUUAAUGUAAGUUUCUCUACCAUCACUACUGGCAGGGCGUUCCACACACCCAUCACUCUCUGUGUAGCCAACUUAUCUCUAGCAUCAUAGAGUCAUGGAAGACUAUAGCACAGAAACAGGCCCAUUGGCCUAACUAGUCUGUGCCGAACCAUUAUUCUGCCUGGUCCCAUUGACCUGCCCUUCUCAUCCUUGUACCUAUCCAAAUUUCUCUUAAAUAUUGAAAUUAAUGCUGCAUCCACCACUUGCUCUGGAGUUUCAUUCCACACUCUCACAACUCUAAGUGAAAAAGUUCUACCUCAUGUUCCCCUUAAACAUUUCACCUUUCAUCCUUAACCCAUGACCUCCAGUUAUAAUAUCACCUAACCUCCAUGGAAGAACCCUACUUGCAUCUAUACUCCUCAUACUUUUGUAUACUUCUAUCAAAUCUCCCCACAGUAUGCUGUAUUCUAGGGAAUAAAGUCCUAACCUAUUCAACCUUUCUAUUAUAACUCAGGUCUUCAAGUCCCAGCAAGAUCCUUGUAAAUUUUCUCUGCACUCUUUUGAUCUUACUUACAUCUUUCCUAUUGGUAGGGGAACAGAACUGCAUGCAAUAUUCCAAAUAUACAAUUUCAACAUUCCAAUGCAACUCCUGUAUUCAGUACUUUGAUUUAUAAAGGCCAAUGUGCCAGAAACUUUCUUUACAACCUUAGCUACCUGUAACGCCACUUCCAUCAAAUUCUGAAAAUAUAUUCCCAGAUCCCUAAAUUCUCAUACUUCUCUGUGCCCUACUUCUCACUGUGUAAGACCUACACCACUUCACACUUGUCUGUAGUAAAUUCCAUCAGCCAUUUUUCCAGCUGGUCCAGAUCGCAUUGCAAGCUUUGAUGCUCUUCCUCACUGUCUACUACACCCCCAAUCUUGAUGUCAUCCACAAAUUUGCUGAUCUAUUUUUCCGCAUUAUCAUUAGAUCAUCGAUAUAGAUGACAAACAACAAUGGACCCAGUAACAAUCCCUGCAGCACUCCACAAGUCACAGGCCUCCAGUCAGAGAGGCAACCAAUCAGUACAAUUCUCUGGCUUCUUUUGUGAAGCCAAUUAUCUUGUCCAAUUUAUUAUCUCAUCUUGAAUGCCAAGCAACUGAACCUUCUUGACCAACUUCUCAUGAAGGACCUUGUCAGAGGUCUUGCUGGAGACCAUGUAGACAACAUCCACUGCCUUGCCUUUAGUAACUUCAUUGAAAAACUAUAAGAUUGGUUAGACAUGACCUACCACACAUGAAGUCAUAUUGACUAUCCCUAAUCAGUCCCUGUCUGUUCAAGUACUUAUAUAUCUGGUCUUUUAGAAUACCUUCCAGUAACUUUCCCACUGCUGAUGUCAGGCUCUUUGGCUUAUAAUUUCCAGGCUUAACCAAUGAAAUAACAUUAGCUACCUUUCAAUCCUCCAGCACUCAUGCCUAAGGAUAUUUUAAUUAUCUCUGCUAGGGCCCUUGAAAUUUCUGCUCUAGCUUCCCACAGGGUUUGAGGGAAUGCCUUACAGGCCUUGGGGAUUUAUCCACCCUACUUUGCUUCUAGACAGCAAACUCCUUUGUAAUCUGUAUAGGAACCAUGUCUUUGUUGCUGCAUUUCCUCACAUCCAAAUACUGUGUCCAUCUCCCGAGUAAAUACAGAUGCAAAAAAUUAAUUUAAAAUCUCCCUCAUGUCUUUCAGCUCCAUGAAUAGAUUACCACUCUGAUCUUCCAGAAGGCCAAUUUUGUCCUUGCUAUCUUUUUGUUCUUAAUGUAUCUGUAGAAGCCCUUAGAAUUUGCCUUCGCCGUGUCUGCUAAAGCAAUCUCAUGUCUUCUUUUAGCCCUCCUGAUUUCUUCGUGUUUCCUUGCAUUUAUUUACUCAAGUACUUCAUUUGUUCCUGCCUGCACCAUGUUCUUUUUUCUUUUUCAAUAUCUCUCAAAAACCAAGAUUCCCUAAACCUGUUAUCCUGGCCUUUUAUUCUGAUAGGAAUAUACUAACUCCCUACUCUCAAAAUUUCACUUUUGAAGGCCUCUAAUUUACUAAGUACAUCUUUGCCAGUGACAUCAGCACCGGACUCCGGAGCGAAGGUUCCCGAGUUUGAAUCCAGUCGGGCCGCUCCUGGACACGCUUUCCAUCCGUGCCGGGUUGAGUGUCAAGUUUGCAACUCAGCCUCAUAAAAAAAACACUGUGCUGUGAGAAGGAUGUGGGGAACCACUCACAGAAUCUUUCCUCCAAGACAACCACUUUGAAAAAUGUGCUCGCUGAGGCUCUGACACACACAAAAAGUCUUUGCCAGAAAACAGACUCUCCCAAUCUACACUUGCCAAAUCCUUUCUGAUACAAUCAAAAUUGACAUUUCUCCAAUUUAGAAUCUCAACCAUAUAUAUAACCAUAUAACAAUUACAGCAUGGGAACAGGCCAUCUCGGCUUUUCUAGUCCAUGCCGAACUCACCUAGUCCCACUGAUCCACACUUAGCCCAUAACCCUCCAUUCCUUUCUUGCCCAUAUACCUAUCCCAUUUUUCUUUAAAUUACAAUACUGAAACUGCCUCUACCACUUCUACUGGAAGGUCAUUCCACACAGCUACCACUCUCUUGAGUAAAGAAAUUCCCCCUCAUGUUACCCUUAAACUUUUGCCCCCUAAGUCUCAACUCAUGUCCUCUUGUUUGAAUCUCCCCUACUCUCAAUGGAAAAAGCCUAUCCAUGUCAACUCAAUCUAUCCCCCUCAUAAUUUUAAAUACCUCUAUCAAGCCCCCCCCCACCCCAACCUUCUACGCUCCAAAGAAUAAAGACCUAACUUGUUCAAUCUUUCCCUGUAACUUAGGUGCUGAAACCCAGGUAACAUUCUAGUAAAUCUCUGUAAUCUCUCUAUUUUGUUGACAUCUUUCCUAUAAUUCAAUGACAAGAACUGUACACAAUACUCCAAAUUCAGCCUUACCAAUGCCUUGUACAAUUUUAACAUUACAUCCCAACUCCUAUACUCAAUGCUGUGAUUUACAAAGGCCAACAUACCAAAAGCUUUCUUCACCCUAUCCACAUGAGAUUCCACCUUCAGGGAACUAUGCACCAUUAUUCCUCGAUCACUCUGUUCAACCUGAUGACCUUUUCCAUAAUUACCUUGAAACUAAUGAUAUUAUGACCAGUGGGUGCAAAGUGUUCCCCUACACAAACUUCUGUCUUAUUCCUUAAUAGGAGAUCUAGUAUUACACUCUCUGUAGUUGGGAUUUCUAUGUACUGAUUGAAGAAACUUACCUGAACACAUUUGACAAACUUUUUCCCAUCCAGCCUUUGUACAGUAUGGGAGUCCCAGUCAAUAUGUGGAAAGUUAAAUUCAUCUACUAUCACAACUUUGUUGCAACAGUCUGUGGUUUCUCUACAAAUUUGCUGCUCUAAAUCCUGCAGACUAUUGGGUGGUUUAUAAUGUAAUCCCACUAACAUGCUCAUACCUUUUUUUUUAUUCCUCAGUUCUGCCAUACCAUAAAGCCUCAUCACCCUCCCUGAUACUCUCCUCUACUCACCUUAAAAUUAUGACUCUUCAAUUAGCCAUUUCUGCCCUGGGAAAAAACCUCUGCCUACUCACUCUAUCAAUGCCUCGUAUCAUUUUAUGCACCUCUAUCAAGUCACCUCUCAUCCUCCUUCAUUCAAAAGAGAAAACCUCUAACUCAUUCAACUAUCUUCAUAAUUUGAUCAUGUCUGAUUCAUUCUCAACCCUCCCAUGGUUCCUCACCACCAGCCUCGAUGUUAACAAAAUCAUCCCCUGCUAUUUCCAACAUUCAGAAUACUUACUUCAUCCAGCACAGUAUCCCACUCACUCCUCGCUUGCUACCAACAUCCCACUCCUGUGCCCCUUCCAACACCAAUCUUCAAUUGGGCCAAUCACUUUCCAGAUGCAUCACUAUCCUAGGUGUAUCAGGAGCAACCAAACCCAGACUGGGUGACCAUCUUAUGGAUCAUAUUGUGAUUCUGAACAUCUAUUGAUCACACCUCCAGUCCUACCCAACCUUAAGAGUCUGAUGAAAUUCAAGCUGAGCUCCAAGAACAAUACCUCAUCAUUCAAAAAGGCACAUUAGUCUUACAGACUUGUUACAAGUUCAGCAAUUCUGUUACUGCUGGCUAUAACUCACUCAGAUAUAUCUUUGGCUUAUUUACACCCAUUAACAAUUAUGUCCAGUCUUCCUCAUUCGCCGCCUUUCUAUGUUUGCUGUCCUAUGUUCUCACCUCUCCAUGGUCUGCUGUUUAAUUUAGAACUUUUUUGCACAUCUGCAAAAUGAUCAUUAACCCUGUUCCUCUUUCUAAUUUAGUUGUGUUUGUAUUAACGAUUUACAAAUAUGGGUCUAAUUUGUUUUGCCAGUUUGGGAGAUGGGUCAAAUAACAGGCCUCACAAUUUACUUUGUAAUCAUCAGUAUGUACCUCUAAUUAUCUUUUGGAAAAGGGGGGGAUUUAUUGUUCACAUAAUUCCAUUUGUAUGUGGAUAAUUUUUUUGCUUUAAGGUGUGAUACUAGAAAAUUAUUGUGAAACUCCCUCUGUCUUGGAAGGCUGCCUUAUUUCUGAGCUGAAUUUAGUGUUACAUGUGUUGUCUGUACAUCUUCAGGUUCUUCGACCUUCCUGAAUUGGGUUUACAUUUUGAAUAUGUCUUUGGCUCACUGAAAUCACUUGCUGACUUAAAAUAUUAACAUUCAUGAACUUUUUGUAAAUUUUAGCAAUGUUCACAAUUUAUCAAAUUAAAUUUAUUAAAUUUUUUCCAAAAAGGAAA